AUGCUGACUUCACCUCCGGGUAGGGAUUCCAAGAUCAAACAGGCCUUCAUUUUGGUUUGGUGGCUCGGACUAGCACUGAUCUGCAUCGUCGCCACUGCCGUCCAAAUUCUCGCCAACUGGAUCCGAGUUCGACUGCUCAGUGCGAUCUCCAUACACCUCGGAAACAGAAGGUUCAAGAUCUCACCGCUCGCCAUCCUCGUCAUGAUCAUGACGGGUGUCAUCACGGCUGUCUCCAUGGAAUGGCUGAAAGGACUCACCAGCCUCCAGCCCGUCGCCACUCCGCUGCCCCCGGCAUAUAGCUGUGGACAAGACUGCUGUAACGUGUGGGCCGCGUGUGACAUCCACAUCCGCCUGUCCACGCUGCUCAACGAGACCCGCCGCCCGCCAGCAAGACACAGCACACCUGGCUCACUGUACGCAGUACUCGACGUAGAGACUACAGUACACAGAGCGGAGCUGCGCGGUGCCGCGAGAAGCGCUGCGCAGCGUGUCGAGCAGCGCCGGUAUCCUGACAGGACAGAGCCGCUGGUCACCGAGCUCUUCCGCGCGGCACAGUUCCUAGAGGUUGAAGAAAACCGCCGCCUAUAUGAUAGGUUGUUCCUCCCGCUCGUCCAGUCCGAGACGCAAUUAGUACCAGGGAAAGCCGCCAGCCCACCGCCGCGCGAAGGAUUGGACGUUCCCGGAAAGCUUGGCCCGAUUUGUUCUGCAGCACUUAGCGCUUGUUGCGAUGCUGCGCACGGCGGUUUCUGA